AUUUGGCGCCAUUCACCAGGCUCAUCGAAGUGUCGUUCAGGAACUCAACAAGGGCGUUCGACGUUCUCUUUUCCCCAGGAGCAGCACCACAGUCAUCGUAAGGAUCUUCCCGAACUCUCCGAUAAUGGCACCGAAACGUGCGGCGAGAAGAGCUGCAUCGAAGACAGACGAGCCCUCAGAAACGGUACAGGACUCCACCGCGGAGAUCUCCAAGAAAACGCGCAGCAAAAGAUCCCGAAAAGACCACGAAGAAGACGAUCUCGUGGAGGAGAAACUUUCAGGAGGGAAGGCUAAAAAGACGAAGAAAACACCGAAACGUUCUAAAUCAGACAACGCGGAUGUGGAUGACUCGAGUAGUACGGACAAGACGCGAAUCGCUUCAUCCGAUUAUGGGAGAAAAGGCUCGUGGAAGAUCGUGACCUGGAAUGUCAACGGCAUAAGGAGUUGGCUGAAGAAUGGAGGUCUGGAGUACAUCGAGGAAGAGGAUGCCGACGUAUACUGUCUUCAGGAAACGAAGUGCAGUGAAGAGAAACUUCCCCCAGAAGUGACGAAUUAUAAGGGCUACAAGAGCUAUUUCCUUGCCGGUGACAAAGAGGGAUACUCCGGAGUUGGGAUCAUGUCGAGGAAGACACCUCUGAACGUGGAAUACGGCCUCAGUCUGGAAGAGCACGAUUCCGAAGGACGCGUGAUCACCUUGGAAUUCGAGGAAUUCUUCCUCGUCAACAGCUACGUUCCUAACGCUGGACGAGGCCUCGUGCGCCUCGACUACAGACUCACUUGGGAUAGAGACUUCAGGAAAUACCUCGUGGGUUUGAAGAAAAAGAAGAGCGUCAUCCUGACCGGAGAUCUGAAUGUCGCUCACAAUGAGAUCGAUCUCAAGAAUCCCAAAACGAACAAGAAGAAUGCCGGUUUCACCGAAGAGGAACGGCAGGGUCUCACGGAUCUUCUAGAAGAAGGUUUCGUCGAUACUUUCCGGAAACUCUACCCAGAGCGGGAAGGCGCUUACACGUUCUGGACGUAUAUGAUGAAUGCUCGAGCCAAAAAUGUGGGAUGGAGAUUAGACUACUUUAUAGUGUCCGAAGAUCUCAUCGAUAAUGUCAUCGAUAACGAAAUUCGGAGUACAGUCAUGGGGAGCGACCAUUGUCCGGUGGUUCUUCAUCUGAAGUGAUCCCCAGCUCGGAGUCAUGAUCUCAACUUCAAAGAGUAGAAAGGCUCUCAGGAAAAUUUGACGAGAAUCUCACAAGUUUUAAACGGAGCGAAAUAAAGAA